AUGAGCAACCCAAUCCAUGAAUAUGGCCUCACCGCCGUCCCCGCCUCGGCCACGGCCCUCCUAACCUCGACGCCGGAGUAUCCACGCCUCCACGCCAACCCACCCCCAAUCCCCGUCAGCGAAACCCCCAUCCCCACCACCGCUCUAGCCCAACGCAUCAACGCCUACGCCAAAGCCCAGCUACCCGAGCCAACCUACAACCACUCGCUGCGCGUAUACCACUUCGGCCUCGCAAUCAAGAAGCACCGCCUCUCAUUCGAUGAUUGGGCUUUCUCCGACGAGACAUACUUCCUCGCUUGCGUCUUGCAUGAUAUCGGCACAACCGAAACAAACAUCAAGGCCACGCACUUGAGCUUCGAGUUCUAUGGCGGCUUUCUAGCGUUGCAGCUACUGCAAGAUAGUGAAGGUAGUCAAGGUAGUAGUGCUAGUAGUGGGUCCGCCGCACCGCGAGAGCAGGCCGAGUCCGUGGCCGAGGCUAUCAUUCGCCAUCAGGACCUGUGUCAGGUUGGGAAGAUUACAGCCGUGGGACAACUUUUGCAGCUUGCGACCAUCUUUGAUAACACCGGCUCUUAUGCCGAUCUUGUCCAUCCGGAUACCAUCAAGGACGUUUCUGCGCAUUUCCCGCGCCACCACUGGAGCGGGUGUUUCGCCGCCACGAUCCGUCGGGAAAACGGAUUGAAGCCGUGGGCUCACACAACAGCGCUCGGGGAGGAGGAUUUCCCGGCUAAAGUGUUGGCGAAUACAUUGAUGGAGCCAUAUGAGUGA